CAUUGUAAAACCCCUUUAACGCUAAACCCCUCCACCAUCCAUAGCCGGUACCUCUAGGGUUUCUCCCCUUCGUGUCCUCACUCUCCCAGAUUCUCCUCCUCCGUUAGGGUUAGGUUUUCGCCAAUGGCGGGCCGAGCGUUAAUCUCGAAGCUCCCCUCCGUCUCCCUCUCUCCCCUCCUCUUCUCCCGAUCGUUCGCCUCUCGAGCUCUUGCCUUCGCUCGUCCUUCUUCUUCUCUCCUCCGCCUCCGCGCCCUCCUCCCCCUUGUCGACUCCCUCCGUCUCCCCGUCGCCGGCGGCUGCUUCGGCGAGGUCCGGUGCUUCUCGGCCCGGCCAACGACGUCGUCCCUCAACGACCCGUCGCCGAAUUGGAGCAACCGGCCUCCUAAGGAGACGAUUCUCCUCGACGGGUGCGACUUCGAACACUGGCUCGUCGUCAUGGAGCCCCCCGACCCCAGCCUCACCCGCGACGAGAUCAUUGACAGCUACAUCAAGACCCUCGCCCAGAUCCUCGGAAGUGAAGAAGAAGCAAAGAAAUCAAUAUAUUCAGUGUCUACAAAGCACUAUUUUGCUUUUGGAUGCAAGGUUUCUGAGGAGACUUCAUACAAGAUCAAGCCUCUUCCAAAGGUUCGCUGGGUUCUUCCUGAUUCGUACUUGGACGUUAAGAACAAAGAUUAUGGAGGAGAACCAUUCAUAGAUGGUAAAGCCGUACCCUAUGACCCAAAGUACCAUGAAGAAUGGGUCCGGAAUAAUGCUCGUGCAAAUGAGAGAUCUAGGCGCAAUGACAGACCUCGUAAUUUUGAUAGAUCAAGGAACUUUGAAAGGAGAAGGGAGAACAUGCAGAACUUCCAAAACAGAGAAGCACCUCCUAUGCCAAACCCAAACUUCCGAAGCCAGGAUGGUCAGAACCCUGUGCCACCACCUCCGCCACAUAGUGCCAUGCCACCCAGGGACAUGCCUCCAAUGCCUAAUGCACAGAACACCAUGCCUCCUAGAGACAUGCCUCCGCCGCCUAAUCGUAACUUCAAUACCAUGCCUCCUAACAUGGGUGGUAUGCCCAACAAUUACCAGAGCCAAAUGCCUCCUAACCCUCAGAGCAGCUAUGCGCCAAACAGUGGACCUGGCUAUCAAGGAAGCCAGGGCUAUCAAGGAGGCAGUCCUGGUGGCGGCAUGCCUGGUGGCCCUGGUUAUCAAGGAGGCGUCCAUGGGUAUCCAGGGGGUAAUCCUGGGGGUGGGAUGCCAGCAGGCUCUGGUUAUCAGGGAGGUGGUCCAGGCUAUCAAGGAGGCAACACUGGUUAUCAAGGAGGGGGGCCUGGCUAUCGGGGAGGCAGUCCAGCUUAUCAAGGGGGUGGCCCUGGUUACGAGCAAGGUGGAUCCAGUUAUCAAGGAGGCAGCCCUAACUAUCAGCAGGGUGGACCUGCUUAUCAAGAAGGCACACCAGCUUAUCAAGGCAGAGACAUGCCUGGAAGAGAUUAUCAAUAGGAACGAUUGCUAGAGAUGCUUGUGCAGAAUUGAAUACGAAGUAGCACUGCUCUCUGUUGUUGAAGCCAUAAUGCAUGCACCAUAAAUUUUAACGAGACUGUAACUUUGUCUGCAUAGGUAAUAUUUUGAUUUAUUAGCUGCUAGUUAUGCCCUCCAUUCUCUUUAACAAGCUUGCAAGAACAUGAAACUCUUAUAAGUGUUAAAAGGUUUUUGAAUUUUGAUCUGAAGCUUCUAGUCUUA